AUGGAAAAGAAGCCUGACUUGAAGACAUCCUCUCCAGAGAAACUAUCUGGGUUUGAGUGGUGGAGAAGGUCGCUCGCCUAUAGAACCGGUCUCGGAUGCGAUGAUAAGGAGAAACUCCAGUUUGAACAUGAUUAUCAAGCCAAGUACUUCCCUGAAAAUUGCACCCAAUGUGAGAGUUUCAGAGACUGGGCACUCACAUACUCUCCAUCAGUCAUCUUUAUGAUGGGACAUAUUCGUAAACUCGGCGGGAAUCUUAGUCUGGCCAAUAUCUCGUGUGGAAAGUGUGAUGAUCUUAAAGGAGGAGGUUUCCACCCAGACAUGGGCAUUCUUCUAUGCUCUAAUUGGCUACAGAGUCAAACCCAAGUGGAAGAUGUAUUAACCCAUGAAUUAGUGCAUGCUUACGACUACUUGAAAUUCAAACUCGACAUGAAGGACCUUAAUCACCAUGCAUGUACCGAGAUCAGAGCAUCAAUGCUCAGCGGAGAAUGUAGAAUCAUGAGAGAGAUAUGGAAAACAGGGCUCGCUAAUUUUGGCGGCAAAUUUCAACAAUGUAUCAAAAGGAGGGCCGUGCUUUCUGUUUCUGCCAACGAGAAUUGCCCAAGUCCCGAUAAGGCGGCAGAGGUAGUAGACAAGGUCUGGAACUCUUGUUUCAAUGAUACAAGACCUUUUGAGCGUGUCUUCCGUUAG